AUGUUCCCGGUGAAGCUGUUAUUGCUGGCGUUGAGUGCAAUCAGAUUUUUCAUCACCUUCCAUGUGGCUGAUGGAAAUUUUGAGCUGAACUGGUUGCUUGAGAUGUUGAGUACCUGCAGAGGCCGGUUGGUGGUAACCAAGUACGGCAGGUCGGGCAGCGGUCCGUUGAGCUGGUUGAAGCUGACGUCAAGGAUGAUGAUGCUUCCGGAGGACAUGAGCUCUGGCAAAAGGCCACCAGAGAAGGGGUUGUACGAGAGAUUGACAUGUAGCAGGCUGGUGAGGUUGGCCAGGGAUGGCGAGAUGCACCCUUCAAGUCCUUUAGAUCCCAGGGAUACCUCAGUAACGGCCUCAUCUUCAUUGCAGACGACGCCUUCCCACUUGCAGCAGUUCGUGCUGUUGUCGCGCCAUGACGUGGCGAGGCCACCAUCUCGCGAUAGCCCGGCUAGGAACCGGAGCAGAUUAUGCUUCUCCUGCUCGGUGCAUGCGGUGGCGGGAGAGGCCAAGAUGUGCAGCACCACGAACAGCACAACUGGAGGAACGGUGAAGGAAGGCAUUGGCCGGUGUUUGUUCUCCUCCUUGUUUUUCUGUUGCUUGAAGAAUGCACACGCUUAG